UUUCCAGCACAUCAGAUCAGUUUUAAUUUCAAUUUGAAAUGAGCUCUACAAAAUUAUCUCUAACGGUCGUUCAGGAUUUGUGCGAAAGAUAUUCGAAUCAGAAGAUCGACUAUAAUGGUGUUGAAUUGCUAAGCUAUUCGCUUAAGAAGUCAAAUGACGCUCCCGCCGGAUAUCUCGGUCGACAUGAAGUUCUAUCUGUAAUCAUUCAAAAAAAACCAUCCGAAGCACCACAAGAGCUGAUAUUCUUUAUCAAAACAGCGCCAAUUGAUAUAGCUUCCAGACAGAAGUACAUUGAAGAGUUUGGAGUUUUCAAAAAGGAAGUUUCUGUUUAUGCAAACUUACUGCCUAAAUUAUCGAAGGGACAGUUGGAUUUUUCUGCUCGAUGUUAUUAUGCCAAAGAUGAUAUCUUAGUUUUUGAACAUUUGGGAGAGAUGGGAUUCCGGAUGGGAUCUGAUCGAUCGGGAUUAUUGGACUUUGAUCAUCUGAAGUGUGCAUUAAGCUCUCUGGCCAAUAUGCAUGCUUCAUCGAUUGUUUUUGAGGCCAAGAAUCAAUUGAAAAUUUGUGAUAUGUUCCCGGAAAUUGUGAAGGAAAACGCAUAUCCUGCGGCAGCACACAGUAUUCGGCGAGAGAAUUUCGAUAAUGGUGUUGUGGCUCUCUGUGAAAUUAUCAAAAUCAUGCCUGAGUUCAAGGCAUCCAAACACUUGGACUUCAUCUUGAAACAGUUUCCCCGAGAAAUGAACAAAAUCUUUGAUUUCGUCAAACCAUCUUCGAAAUAUUUAAAUGUAUUCAGUCACGGUGACUUAUGGGCCAAUAAUUUGCUUUUCAAAUAUGAAAACAAUCGUCCUGUUCAGAGUCGAAUUGUCGACUUUCAACUAACUCGAUACGCUCCGCCAAUACUUGAUGUGAUUACGGUAUUGACAAUUCCGACAAGCAGGAAAUUUCGUUCGGAGCAUUUGGAUUCACUUUUAGCCAGCUACUAUUCAAUGUUGGGAUAUUUUCUAAAACAACAUGGAUUUCAAAUCAAUGACUUUCUGACACCGCAACAAUUUGAGGAGAGCAUAAGAGAGUUUAAGGAACAUGGUCUAAUUGAGAGUUGUUUAUUUUCACAUUUGACCAUCUUACCAACGGAAUUAACGGAAAGUGUAGUUUCAGACGAGGGUUUUGAAGAUUUUUUCAAAAACAAAAGAAACGAAAUUUGUCUGAAGGCAUUUAACACUGAUGAGGUCUAUAGAAGUAGACUUUCCGAUAUGAUAUCGGAUAUUGUUAAUAAUUAUAUUUUAAAUUGAAAUUUAUUGAUUUACAUACAAAAUGUUUAUAUUAAUAAGAAAUGUGAUAGUAUGGAAAUAAAAAUAAUAUUUGUGUAUUUUUGUAGGCAAUGUUUAGAAA